AUGAAAAACUUGAUAAAAGCCAAUUCUCAUAAAAAUGAAAUUGCUUAAAAUGAUAAAGUAUUAAGAGAUAUAGAACUAUAUGAAAAAAUAUUUCUAUCAACCAAAUAUGAAAAUAAAAGAUAAUAAUCUUUGUCAAUUAGAAGAUUAUUACCAAAUAUUUAAUACUCUCAACAUUAAUAAUCAACUAUUACUAGUCAGUAAAAAUUCAAUACUCAAUUUGAUUAAGAUACUAGUUAUUCAAAUCAAUAUUAUUAAGUAUUAUAUAUCUUUAUUUUUUAAGGAUAUCAGAAAAAAACAUAUACAUUUCUCAUUAAUAGAUUGUUCUAAGUUUUUAAAAUCUUAAAAUUCCACUCAUUAUUUCCAAACAAAAAAGUAGCUGUCUCCAUUAAAAUAGAAAAUAGUUAUUGUAAAUCAUUAAGGAAGACCAUAAACAUAUAUUAUUUGA